AAUAAAUAUCAAGAAUUAGUACUGAUUUCUUCAUUCAAAUUAAAUACCCAGUGGAAUUUAUUUCUCGUCACGUAAUUAUAAUAAAUUAUUAAAAAUUGUUUAAAAAUAUGGGACGACAUUUAAUACUCAGUUUGUGUUUUGUGUCACUCGCACUAAUAUGUUGCCAAGGUUAUAAGUAUAAGUGUGGGCUUCAUGAGUCACUGGAUCUUUGUGGCCGUUCAUGCGAACCUUCUUGUGAACUAAGCGAUUUUUCUGCUGUAAUCUGUCAACAAUGUACUUAUAAAACACUAGGUUGUCGUUGCGACAAAGGGUAUUUGAGAUACAAAGAAAGGUGUAUUCUACCUAAAGAUUGUCCACCUAAAACUACAAUCAACCCUCCAACCAGUCCUCCAACUAAUCCUCCAACCAAUUGUGCCUAUGGAGAAAUUAAGGGGGCUUGUGGAAGAACUUGCGAAGGAAAUUGCACUCAUCCUUACGAACCAAAAAAAUGUGCACUCAUUAGAUGUUCAACAGAGAGUUGUCGAUGUGAUUUAGCUAAAGGAAUGGUAAGACAUCCAGGAGGAUAUUGUGUUCACAAGAAUCAAUGUCCUAGAAAAUGUUGUUGAAAAGUUUUAAGAUUUAUAACAUUUCUUAAUUGUUAUUAUAAAAUAAACUAAUAAAGAUUAUUGGAAAA